AUGAAUAAUAUAAAUUUAUAUGAAUUCAACAAAGCUAAAGUUUAUCUUUGGAAAACAGAAGAUACUUGUGAUGAAUUAUUUUAUCACAUUUCAAAAAAAAUAAAAAGUUUAUAUGAAAAAAUAAAUUAUGAUGACCUGUUUCAUCAUUUAUAUAAUUAUAUAAAAUAUAUUAAUUCGAGUAAUAAUGAUUUGUUUUUAAGAUAUGAAAAACCUUUACAAAAUUGUAACGUAUAUAAAAAUGGAGUUCAGCAAGAAAAUCAAUACUUUUUCAACAUAUUUAAAAAUUCAAAUUAUGUUAAGAGAAAUGGAAGUUUAUCCAUUAGUUAUAUAAACAUGUUAGAUAAAAAUGGAAAGGUUGAUCAGAUGAAUUUGUUUUCGAAUGUUUUUAUGUCUAUAGGAAUACAUGAGCUCAAGGAAGAUUAUCAAAAUCAAGAUAAAGACAAAGAUAAAGAUAUAGAUCACGAUAAAGAUAAAGAUAACGAUAAAGAUAACGAUCAAGAUAACGAUAAAGAUAACGAUCAAGAUAACGAUAAAGAUAACGAUAACGAUCAAGAUUACGAUCAAGAUUACGAUAAAAAUUACGUUCACCGUCAAAAUCAAAAUGUUAAUGAUAAGAAUAAUAAUUGCGAUGAAAAUAACAAAACGGAAGAAGGUGAAUCAAAACACAAAUCUACUACGUACAUACCAAAAAAUUCUGAUAAUAAUAAUGAUAAAGAUAUUUUUAAUAAGAUGAACGAGAAAAUAAAAAAUUUAAUAAAUACAUAUAAUGUUAUCCAUUUUAAUAAUAGUUGUGUUUUUAUACAAAGAGUAUUAAUAAUUCCGUCAACAGAAAAAUAUGAUGAUGUGAUUAUGUCAAAAAUUAUGGAUAUAAAUGAAAAUUUCUUAUUUUCAAAUCAAAAUGAAGAAAUGAAUAUAAGCACUCAUAAUACUUCGAACAAUGUAACACCACCUUUAUUAAAUAAUAAUAUAAAUAUGAAUGACGAUUUAAAAAAUAUUUAUGUUAAUAAAAAUAUUAGUACCGACUUUUUAAAGAAAAACAAUUUUAAUGUCAUGAUAAAUUCCCCUUAUUACGAUUCAUCAAACAAUUCUGAACAAAUUCAGGCAAAAAAUAAAAUGGAAAAAAAUAAUAAAAUGUAUGAAGCAAGUAACCCAAAAAUGAAUAAUGAAAAGGAUAAAAAGAAUGUUAUAAAUAUAGCAGGAACAAAAAGUAGUAAUACAACUAGUACUAAUACUUUUAAAUUCAAAAAAAAGUAUUCAUCCAAUUUUUUAAAAAUGUUUAAUAAAAAUAUAGUAAAAGAAUACACAUCGAUUAAUACAAAUAAUUCAUCCUCUGUUCCAUUAGGAAGAGGAGAAUCAGUAGAUGAGGUGGCGUCUGAUGGGAUAGCAAGAGAUUAUUCCACAAACACAAAACAUGAAAAUGGUAAAAUGUGUGAACAUAACGGACAUCAGAGUGAUCAUUACAAUGAUAAUAAUGUUAAUAAUAUACAUAAAGUAUGUAUAAAUAAUUAUAAUAAAAAUAAUUGUGAAAUAAAUGAUGAAGGAAAUAAAUAUAAUUCUAUUGAUUAUAUGUCAAAUUGUGAUGAGGAAGAAAAAAAAGGUCAAGGGAAUGAUGAACAUAUUUCUUUCAUAUAUAAUAAUUUCCAUAACUUUAAAAUAAUUAUAUUUUUACCUUCUAUCAAAAAACAUUUUAAUAUACAAUAUAAUAAAUUCUUUCAAGCAAUAAUUAUGAACAUGUUUUAUAUGUUCAUAUUCUUUUUAUAUGAUUUACUAACCAAAGAAAACAUGUGGAAGUACAUGCACAAUCUUAUAGAUACUAUUAAUUAUGAAGAUGAACAAAAAAAUGGUAUCACUCAUACAAAUCAGGUUUCUCAUGACGAGAGGGAUUACAACAAGGUGGACAAAGAAACGAACAAAAAGAAGAAAAAUAUUAAAAAUAUUAAAAAUAAUGAUAUAAUAAGUAAUAAUAAUAAUAAUGAUUACAAUUCAGAUAAACAAAGUAUACAGUAUCUUAAGCAUGCACAAAAUCCCCAAUGUAAUAUCCCAAAUUAUAAAGAGAAAGAACGAAAUAAUGAAAAAAAAAAAAGCUUUCAAAGAACAGUAGUACAUAAGAAAAAAGAAAGAAAAUAUAUACAACAUAAAUAUGUGUAUAAAAAAAAUGAACAUGAAAAUUUAAUAAAGAAAAAUAUUAUUAAGGAAAAGAAAAAAGAGCAACUAAAUAUAUUGGAAAACAAACAUAAUGAGGAUAAUAAUAUAUAUAUUAAUCUAAAAAAAUAUUACAACGAUGUAAAAACAAGUAUUAUAUCCAAAACGGAACAGUAUGUUAUUAAAGGUGAAGAGUUAUUAUACGAUGGAAUUUAUAAAGUUUCACGUUCAAAUACUUGUGAAGAAAAUGAAUGUAAAAAAAAUAAACAAAGUGAUAUGGAUAAGUCUUACAAGGAUGAUGAUAAAAGUGGUGAUGAUAAAUAUAACGAUGAUAAAUAUAACGAUGAUAAAGAUAACGAUGAUAAAGAUAACGAUGAUAAAUAUAACGAUGAUAAAUAUAACGAUGAUAAAUAUAACGAUGAUAAACAUAACGAUGAUGAUUAUAGUGAUGAUUAUUAUAGUGAUGAUUAUUAUAGUGAUGAUUAUUAUAGUGAUGAUUACGAUGAAGAGGAUGGAUCUUCUGUAGAAAAAAAUUCUUCGAGGGAAAAGAGUGAAGAAUACAAAAGAGGAGAUAAUAAUAAAGAUGAUAGCUCAUAUGAUCAUAGCCCAUAUGAUCAUAGCUCAUAUGAUCAUAGCUCAUAUGAUCAUAGCUCAUAUGAUCAUAGUUCAUAUGAUGAUAGUUCAUAUGAUGUUAGUUCAUAUGACCAUAGUUCAUAUGAUGAUAGUUCAUGUGGUGAUAAUUUUUCUUGUGAUAAUAAUUCAUUUAUUACAAGUAAUAGUGAUAGUAGUCCGGAUUCAAUUAAUUCUCAUGAGGUAUGUAAUAAAAAAAAAGUGUAUCAUCGAAAAAAUGAACAUUCUGAAAAGGAUGAUGAUGAUGAUAAAUAUUAUGUUGAUGGCAAAUAUUAUGAUGAUGAAAAAAUAUCGAAAUGUAGUAGAAAAAAAAUGAGAUCAAAAAAUGCCAAAACAAAGAUGAAACCAAAAAAUGCCAAAACAAAGAUGAAACCAAAAAAUUCCAAAACAAAAAUGAGAUCAAAAAAUUCCAAAACAACGAUGAGAUCAAAAAAUUCCAAAACAACGGUGAGACCAAAAAAUGAGCCGAAAGAUGAAGAAAAAAAAAAGAAAAGACGUCUUUCUGAUAUAAAAAAUUAUGAAUGUCGGAUUAAAAAAAAAGCAGGUGAUAUAUAUUUAUUAUUAGGGAGUCCAUUAGAUUCUUUAGAAAUAUAUAUGAGUUGUUAUGAAAUAUGUAAAGAUCAGGAUGAUAUAAUAUAUGAAGGGAAUGUUAUAUUUUGUAUGAUUUUGUCAAUUUAUUUAUAUAUAAUUCAAAAUUGGAUACAUUUUUAUAAAUUAAAUAAAAAUAAGAAGUAUCCUUUUAAGUUUCCUGAGAUCAUUGAAAAUUUUAUAUUACAAAUCCAAGAAAAACUUUUACCUACAAAAUAUAGUAAUUAUUCAAAUUUCUUUUUCGAUACAUCAUAUAGUAUGUCCAUAAAGGACAAGAGCCAUAGAAGUAAUUAUUCGAAUUAUUAUUAUUAUUCUCAUCAAUCACAUAAUCAAGAUGUGAAUCAAUCACAUAAUCAAGAUGUGAAUCAAACACAUAAUCAAGAUAUUAAUCAUAUGUAUAGUCAAGAUGGUAAUCAAAUAUAUAGUCAAGAUAUUAAUCAAAUACAUAAUCAAGAUGGUAAUCAAUCAUAUAAUCAUCCCUCUCAUCAUACAUCACAGCAACAAAUAAAUACCCCGUCUUAUUAUAAUUAUAAUGUAAACUUAUCAUCAUUUUAUAGCUCAGAGCAAAGUUUAGAUACAUCCGGUUUGAACAUAAAAAAUAUUUCUAGUUUUAUAAAUUUAUUGUAUGACCACAUGAAAGAUGAUAACUCUAUUCUAAGUACAGAUUGUAAAGAAGAAAAAUAUUACUUUUAUAAUUUAAUUAUUGAGCCACAUAAUAUUUUAUUAUAUUUAUUAUGUAUAAUAGACUUUAAAUUAAAUGAGGUGUUAUGUAUACUACAGAAAAGUUCCUCGGUCUCUGCUCAAGAAUAUUUUUGUGAUUAUUUUUUAUGUUAUAUAAAAUAUCUUUUAAUAUUAAAAAAGAAAAACAUGAUAUAUUUUAAAGUAAGUAAAUAUUCGUAUAUAGUUGAAAAGUUUGAUUAUCCUUUAUAUAUAAAAUUCCACAUGCACUUAGCAUUAAUAUAUAAAUAUAUUGGAUCCUUUAGGAAAUUUACCUUUACAAUAUAUUUAUUAUGUAUAUCAUUUUAUUUGAAUAAAAAAUAUUAUUUAGCAUACUUUCUUGUUAAUAAUAUAUUACCUUUUUACAAUUUGUCUUAUCUUCAUAUGUAUUACCUUUUUAAAAGGAUCACAUAUGAGGAUGAUACAAGUGAUCUUUUAAAGUAUAAUAUGGAAGGUACAUAUAAGGGUACUUCAGAAGACACCCCCAAUCUUUUUAUUAAAACGAUCAUGUUAUAUAAUAAUAAUAAUAAUAAUAUGUGUGAUAGUAGUAAUAUAAACAAUGUGUUGCUGCAAAAUAUGCAUAGAGUGAAUAUACCGUUUGAGUGGUUAAGAAAUAUUCAUGAGUCUAUUAAAAAAAGGAAAAAAAAAAAAAAAAAAAAAUUAUGUAUGCAUGGGGAAGAUGUAAAGGGGGAAGAUGUAAAGGGGGAAGAUGUAAAGGGGGAAGAUGUAAAGGGGGAAGAUGUAAAGGGUGACGAUGUAAAGGGGGGUGAUAUAAACAGGGAAGAUAUAUGUAGAGAAAAUAAUAAUAACAUAUUUAAUGAUGAUACCGUUUGUAAAACAUUAUCUUCCUUACAACCAAAUGACAGAUCAAAGAAAUAUAUAUUUUGUUAUCCUUCAAAUAAGGAUAAGAAUUCACUUGAUAUGAUUAAGCCUUUCCAAAAUAACAACAUAAUAAAUAGAUAUAGAGAUAAUAAUAAUAAUAAUAUAAAAGAAAAGGAUGAUAUUUAUUAUUAUCAUAUUGGAAAUUUGUUUAAAGAUAUAUAUAUUUAUAGGAUUUAUGAAUGUUUUUUAAAACCCUAUAAUAUUGUAAAUAUGAAUAGAUUAUUUGAAUUUUGCUCACGUAAUAUUUGUUGUGAAAGCAUAUUUAGUAUAAAUAAUCAUAUGAAUAAAUUAAAUAUUUAUAAGAAAAAUAAGAAUAAAUAUAAUGCACAUAUACAAUAUAAUAUUCUUACAUUUAUUUGUUCUUUAUUAAAAGAAAUAAAUUAUAUAGAUGAAUAUAUCUUUUGUAAUUUCUUAAUUUUAUUAUUUUUAUAUAAAUUUUUAUCGAAAGAAAAACAAAAAGAUAUAUUAUAUACUAUAUAUGAUUCUUUAAAUAAAAAAAAAAAAUAUAUUUAUUUCCCACCGUUUAUAACUUUAAUAAUGGAUGAAAGGAGAAAAAAAAAACAAAGAAAAUAUUUAAAAAAAUUAAAUAAUGAAACCAAAACGUUUAAUAAAAAUAAUUUAUUAUUCUGUUUUUCAUCUUUGUCCUCUUUUUCGUCAUCAUCACAAAAGGAAAAUUUAACAUCAUCGUCUGAAAUGUUAACCGAAACAACAUCGACAACAUCGUCGUCGUCAUCGUCAUCGUCAUCGUCACCAUCAUCAUCAUCACCAUCAUCAGAUGAUGAUUUAAGAAAUUGUUUAGAUCCUUUUGAAUUGGGUUUGUCCGAUACAUAUCAUAAUAAAAGCACGAAUUCUUUUUCAAGAAAUUAUUCAAUGAAAAAAAAAAAUAGUACCCAAGAAAAGUUUAAGACCAAAAAAAAGAAUCAUAAUAAUAAAAAAAAAAAAAAAAAAAAAAAUUUAAGAGAAGAAAAUAAAUUACAUUUCUUAUCAGGGAUAACAGAAGGGAGAUGUGCUCCCAUACCUAUUCUAGUAAACAUUGAAUAUGCUGAUAAUAAUUGUGGUAAUGAGAAGGUGUAUAUGAAGGUUGGGAAGUCAAGUAUCGAACGAAUAAAUAAUACAAAAGAAAAGAAAGAUAUUAUAUUGAACGGAAAUAAUUAUGUGGAUGAAAAAUCUUUUGAUAAAGAUAAAAAAUCAGAUAACAUAAAUGAAGAAAGUCAUAAUACAUCUAAUAACAUUAAUAUAUACAAUGAUGAAAAUGUGAAAGAAUGUUCAGAAAAAGAAGAUUGUAAAAUGAAUAAUACUUAUAAAGAUGUUUUUAAAUAUAACCCUUUUAAUGAAGAGGAAAAAAAUGUAAAAAUACAAAAUAUGUGUUCGGUAAAUGAAAUAAAAAAUGUUGUAAUAACUUUGAAAAAUAAUUUAUCUGUAAACUUAGUAUUAAAUAAUGUGACGUUAAUAUCAUCAGGAAUAUCUAUAGAAAAUUAUCCAAGUAGUAUUAUAUUAUUAUCUAAAAAAAAAAAUAAUAAAUUAAAUAAAGUGCAACUAUCUUUUAAGGCCAAAGAAACGGGUAUUUUAUUUAUAUUAGGAAUAUCAUAUUGUAUUAGUUAUUAUUAUUUUGAUCAAUAUUUAUUGUAUAAUACUUCAGCUUUGAGAAGAUGUUUUAUGAAAAAUGAAUUCUUUGAUCAUUAUAAUGAUAAUCAUAAAACAAGUCAUGAAAAGGAUAAAAACACAUCUACAUUUAAGAAAGAAACAGGAAAUGUAAACGACAAAAGUUGUCUUUAUGGAUAUAUAUCUGAUCAUAAUUAUAUGCAUAACAAACAUUUAAAUAACAUGUCUACAAUACAAAGGCAAAGUUUUUCAUCUCACAAAAAUAAUAAUAAUAACAAAAAUAAUAUUAGUAGUAAUAAUACAUUUUAUUGUGCUGAUCAUGUGAACAAUUCUUUUUAUUAUUUUGAGGACAUGCAUAAAGGAACAAGCAGUACAAUAUACAAAAGAGCCAAACUAUUAAAUUACAUUUUUAAAGUAUCUAGUAUAUGUUCCAUAUUCGUAAUCGAUGAUUAUUUUUCUUUAAGGUCAGAAAUUAAACUUUUUAAUUUUAGUAAGUAUAUUAAUAUAAAAGAAUUAUUAGAUGAUCAUUCCUAUUUAAAUAAAUAUGUCACAUCUAAGAAUAAUGAGAAAAAAAAAGAAUCCAACAUAGAAUGUAAUAAUAUCUACCUUAACCAUAUAACAAAGGAUAAUUCCCAUGUAUACCAUUUGUAUGAUAAGCAUAAUAAUUCGGUUUUAAAUAACACACAAACGUUUAAGAACCUAACCCAGGGACAAGUUAUAUCUAAUAAAUAUAAGGAAAUGUAUGAUAAUAAUGAUAAUAAUGAUAAUAUCAAUAGUAAUGAUGAUAUAUGUUAUCAUACUCUUGUCAGUGAAAAAUUAGAUAAUAAUGUACACGAUUUAAAGAACGAACCUAUAUGUAUGACAAAAAAUAUUAGUAAUGAUAAGAAAGAUAUAAAAUGUAAUAAUCAAAAUGGUAAUAAAGAAACAGAUUCAAUGACUACAAAAAAAAGUUUAUAUAAAAAACAACAUGUUUUUAAUAGAUUCUUAUUACAUAAAAGAAGUAGUUCAAAAAGAUUAUCUUUAUCGUUUUCUUCUUCGGUAUUAUCAUCAAAAUCGACUUUAACAUUUACAGGUUCGUCAUCGUCAUCAUCGUCGUCUUCCACAUCAUCAUCAUCGUCGUCUUCCACAUCAUCAUCAUCGUCGUCUUCCACAUCAUCAUCGUCGUCGUCAUCCACAUCAUCACCAUCACCUGGUGUAUCCCCUUUAGAAAAUAUCCAUCCCGAAGAUUUAGAUUCCCAUACAAAUGAUCAUUCAAGUGAACCACUUGUAUUAGAAAGAAAAAAACAAAUUCGAUUCCAAGCCCUAUAUCGAUUUAAGGACAAUGUAAAAAAAAAAGGACAUAAGAAAUAUCCACAUAUUAUGGAAGGCGUUAAUGAUGAUCAUAUUAAAAACAAAGAUAAUAUAUCUUAUAAUAAAGAAUAUGAAGAUAUCAUAAACGAUUUACAUAAUAAUUUAUAUUUUUCUUAUGAUGCACGCUUUGCAGAAUUAUUAGAAGGAGAAAUUAAAUUUUUAUGUUUAAUAUUAGAAAAUAAAGGAAAUAUGGAUAUCGAAUUUUUAAAUAUUAAAAUAAAUUAUAAACAUAAAAAUAUUAACGGUGAUUAUUUUAUAAAGUUCUUUUUUGAAAAAGCAUUUUAUAUCAAAAAUGAAGAUAUGCAUUCAAUGGUGACAAAUAAUAAUAAUAUACAAAAUGAAAAAAUGAUGAGCGAAAAAAUGGUGAACGAAAAAAUGGUGAACGAAGAAAACAUCAUAAGAAUAAAUAAGGGAGAAAAUUUAAAGGUUAAGAAAAAUUCGUGUCUAUAUAUACCUAUUCGCUGUAUAGGUUCAAUGCUUAUUAAUGAAUGCUAUUUAAACAUUUUUUAUUCUCCUUAUAAAGAUAGUAUAUAUUAUGCUGAACAAAAAAUUAAAUUAAAAAUUAACGUAAAGAAAAAUAUUAGUAUCCAGAAUAUAUUUUAUUUUCCUUAUGUGAGUUUUAAUUAUUUACACAUUUUAAAUAAAUUAUUAAAUAGUAAUUAUUAUGAGACGAACAUAAUAAAUAUUUUAGGGACCAUAAAAAAGAGAGAAAGAACAAAAUAUAUCCCUAGCACGGAGGAGCAAGAAAAUAGAGUAUAUAAUAAUUAUUAUAAUGGUAGCAGCGAUAAUAUAUAUAAUAAUAAUUAUUUAUAUCAUGAUGAUGAUAAUAUGUGUAAUACUUUUAUGACAAAAGAAGGGUUACAUUCACAAAAUAAUAAAAUUGUAAAGAAUAUAUUGAAAUUGAAAAAAAGAAUGAAGAAUACAAUUAUACGAGAUGAUAUAUUAUAUAAUAUGAAUGAUAAUAACAUGCAACUAAUACAAAAUUUUGAAUAUAUGAAUAAAAUAUAUUAUGAGUAUAAAGAAAAUUUAAACAUAUGUACUGAUAAUAAAUAUAUAUUCCUAGAAUUAUAUAUAAAAAAUCAUAGUGGUUAUGUUAAUUAUUGUAAAACCAAAAAAUUAAAAAGAAGACCUACAUGUAUAGUGGAUAAAGAAAAUAAUUGUAGUAAAUGGUUAUUAUGGAUAAAAAGAAUAAAGAGGGAUGAAAAUUUAUUUUUUGAAAAUGAGGAAGACAUAUUAAAUUAUUUCUUACAAUAUGUAGAUUGUAAUGUAUAUUUGACUUAUUCGAGGCAUAAAACUGUUGGAUUAUUAAGUGUGUAUGGUUCCUAUUUAAAUAGUAUACAUUUACAAAAUAAAACAUUGGGUGAUUUUUUUUGGAACGUAACAAAAGCGAAAAUACAAAAAUCAACAAUUCAAUUAAAUAAUAAUAUAUGUGAUGAUCACAAUGGAUGGGAUGAUCACAAUGGAUGGGAUGAUGAUGAAAAAAAAAACAAAUGCUCCUAUUAUCAAGAAAAAAGAGAAACGGAUUUUCUUUCAAAUACCCUUAAUUUUCCAACACCCUUUAAAAGGCAUGAAGAAAACAAAAAUGGGAAUAAAGAUAAUAACGAUUUAUAUAAUACAUACCAUGUGAGUAAUAUACAAGAUGCUCAAGAUAAAAACGAAAUUAAUAAAUCUGAUAUAUGUAUGAAAAAGAGUUCAGAAAUUAAUGAAUUCAUUGAAAAGGAUAAUUAUGAUGAAUCACAUAAUAACAUAUCCUUAAAUUUAAAAAACAAUGCUCAAUAUUUAUUAAAUGUAAAUAAAUUAUUUGAAAAAAAUUUUUUCAAUGAUAUUUUUUAUCCAUAUAUAUUAAUAAUACCUAGGUUUUUUCAUUGUAAAAAAAAAAAUAGUGUAAUUAUACCGAAAUGUUCCAAAAUAUUAGAUAUGCAUAAUUAUAAAAAUAUAGGAAUAAAAAAAAAAUAUAUCCAAUCAAAAGUAAAUCAAACAUUUCAUGUUAAAAUAUAUUUAAAAAAUUUAUCAAAUAUUGAAUUAGGUAAAUAUACUUUAUUAUUAUAUCCAUCUAAUUUAAAAUCUAUCAAAAUUAUAGGUAGUCUUAAUAAAACUGAAUAUUUAUUAAAUAAUAAUCACUUGAAUUAUAAUAAUACUACAAAUAUGUUAAAAUGUAAAAAACCAUACCUUUUACAUUCAUUCAGUAUUUAUUCUUUAUUCCCAGGAAAAGUUUUUUUUUAUAUAACUAUAUAUUUACAUACCUAUAACACUUUAUUAUUUCAUCACGAGCCCAUAUUAAUAACAAUAGUAUAA